GUAACUGCCGAACAACCUUACAUAGACAUAAACGGAAAACGCCUUUUCUUUCUCUUUGAUGUUCCGCACCUGCUAAAAUGCCUAAGAAACAUGUUGUUUAAGUACGACUUUAAAAUAGGAGACCAUGUUGUCAAGAGUUCAUAUAUUAAAUAUGCCUAUGAAGAAGACCGGCAACAUCAGAUUCGAUCAAUGCCCAGGUUAAGCAAUAGACAUUUCAAUUUGACUUUUCUGUCCAAAAUGUCUGUCAAAUUAGCAGCACAGGUCUUUAGUAAUCGUGUUGCUGCAGCAAUGUACACUUUUGUUGUUUUCCAAAAACUUCCAGCUGCAGCUAUUCACACUGCAAAAUUUGUUGAAAGAAUGGACCGCCUAUUUGACAGCUUGAACAGUUCACAGAAAUUUGGAAAAACUCCCUAUGCUUCAGCAAUGAAGGGCACGUCUGUCCACUUCGACUUCCUGGCAGAAUGCAUAGAGGUGUUCGAAAACAUUGAAGUGCUUCAGUGCAGAAGGCAGCCAUCUUGCAUUCAGGGCUUUUGCUUGACUAUGAGGUCUGUUAUUAUGCUCUACGAGUAUUUAAAAGCUAAUUAUGGCUUUGACUACCUUCUCACACGUCACCUAAACCAAGAUGCACUCGAGAACACUUUUGCAAUAAUAAGGUCAAAAUCCGGUGCAAAUGCGAACACAACGGCUCGCCAGUUUCAGGGGGCUUUCAGGCAUCUCUUAGUUAGCAACCUAUUUAAGUUGUCUGAAAAGUCAAAUUGCGCUGAAGACAUGGUAUCUCUGCUUGCAACUCUUCCGACUGGUGUCAAUUUUCCUUGUGGGCUUUCUAACGGAAGUGGCUUGCUUCUUGCCAACAUGCCUGAUGACCUAUCCUUAGAUUCUGCUUGUGGCCUCGAAGAGAACAACAUGGUAUUUUUUGCGGGCUGGCUGGCCAACAAAUUUUUGCAAAGCCACAAAUGUGCGGAAACCUCCCCGAAAUGUAAAUUAAUAAUAGAAAAUGCACAUUUUUCUGAUGAAACGCAAGUACUCCUUUACUUAAGCGUAAAAGGCACUGGCGGCUCAGAGUCAGACUUUGGAAAACUUACAGUUCCAUGUCCCUCUCUCACCCGCUUUGUUGAAUCGUGUGAGGAAGUUUUCGAGUUGUCCAUUGAAAACCUUGCUUCACAAGGAAUACGGCAGGUCCUCUGUGAUCUUUUUCAUGAGAGAGUUCAGAAACUCCUUGCUGUGUGUGAUGACAGUGUGUAUGACGAUUUGUUUUCCUUGUUUGCCAGAAUAAGGUUACACUGGUAUGCAAGGAUGAAAAAUAGUGUUUUUCUUGAGACAGCGGGAGUGCAUAAGGCUAGACAGCAAGCCAAGAGGCUGAGCAUGUGAAUUUGUCUGUGUGCAGUGUGCUGCUCAUGUCGUCAUAGUACAUCGAAAGUGAAAACAUUGGCGAAUAUAAUGAUACCUAAGGCAUGCCACAUCUUGAUACACUAUUGAUGUUGUGUGUGCAGCAUGUUUGAAAAGUAUGUAAAGUGGGGGUGUGCAAAUAAUCGAGUUUCGAAUACGAUUCGAAUAAUUCUUAAUGAAAUAAUUCGGCUGGACCUACAAAUAGCUAGUAUUUGAAAUUUCGAAUAAUUCGACUGGAUGCAUAUCUAAAGUGCUACAAAUGCUGACGGUGCAACUUGGUUAGAGUGGGGUGGCUAAAACUAAAGCUAACGUCGUUACUGAAAGCCUUCCAAUAAAACUUAGUAGUGGUAGAAAAGUGAGCGCGUGUUCAUUCUAAAGGAGAUUAUGUGAUUUCAGCAUGUCACAGCUCCAACAGAAAAGGUCAAAGAACAGUGUGAGAGACCGUCGAACUGCUAGCGUUAAAAAAACGUUAUCGAGCUCAGGCCUUACAGUCAGGAGGUUCAAAAAUACUUGACUGGGCUCCUGACCCCAAGAAAAGAUGAUCCUUUGAAAUAGCGGAAAGUGCAAG